AUGAAGAUGCUGGUGGUGUUUGUGAUCCUCCUGCAGGAUUCCCAGCAUGCCUUGGGUCUGGAGGUGUAUGAGGGAGUGGAGUCUGUCCCGCUGCCCUGCCGGGCCUUUUCUGUACCAGAGUUUGCCAUGCUGGUGUGGAGCCGCUACGACCUCAGUCUUCCAAUCAUCCAUCGGCGUAGCCGGGCAGGCGAUGAGCUGAGUGACCAGAACCAGCAUUACAGCAGCAGAACAUCCAUGAAGACCGACUCUAUGCAGACCGGAGACUUCAGCCUCACUCUGAGAAAACCCAUUCUCUCUGACAGCAGCUCCUACACCUGCACCCUCACAGCAUUUGGAAGGGAACAGACACUGGCAGAAAUACAUCUGCAGGUCAAAGUGUCCCACCGAGUCUUCACCCUUGAGGUGUACAAGGGGGCAGAGUCGGUCCUGUUACCCUGUCAGAUCCCGUUUGUAUCUGGACCCACCACAGUGGUGUGGAGCCGCUACGACCUCAGUCUUCCAACCGUCCACCAGCAUCAGCAGGAGGGGAAACAACUGGAAGAACAAAACCAGCGUUACAGAGACCGAACGUCCAUGAAGGCUGACGCUCUGCAGACCGGAAACUUCAGCCUCACUCUGAGGAAACCCCACAUCUUUGAUAGCGGCAAUUAUACCUGCACCAUCAGAAUGAUGGGAGAAGAACCGAGACUGACAGACGUUCACCUGCAGGUCAAAGAACCUUAUGUUUUCCCCAUUGAGGCCUGGGUUCUUCUGGCUGUCUUGGUUAUUACUAUAACUGUAGUACUUGGAGUAUAUUUGUGGGGAUUACUCAAGAAAGUCCCCCAGGUGGAGGUGGAUUCAGGGGUGGAGUCUGUCCAGCUGCCCUGUAAAGCCACAGUUCACCUGCCUGCAGAUGCUAAGGUGGAGUGGAAGGUUGAUUACGACACAAAAGUCCACGCAUAUCAGAGCGGUUCUGACCAGCUUGAAGGACAGCACCAGGUUUACAGAGACCGAACAAAAACGAAUGAAGACCUGCUGAAAACUGGAGACCUCAGUCUGACCAUGAAAAACCCCACAGAGAGAGACAACUACACCUACACCUGCACCGUCUACAGCAGGGAGGGAAACAUCGUGCUGAGGAAACAAGUGGAGCUGAACGUCAGAGAACCGAAUAUGGAGAAAGAUCCAAAUGGAGAUGAACCUAUGGAUUACUCACUUGUAGGAACCCUACCGGAUAGAAACAAUACGGGAACUGACAACCAAGUGGAAAAUGAAACCAUCACCAUGUUGGAUGAACCUCCUGGAGAUUCAGUCGAAGAACCAGUAAGCCAAUCAGUUGAGGUGCCUGAUUAA